GCACUCAAUUGAGGCCGCCCAAGGUAACAACAGAACUGCUCCUCUCCACAACUGCAGUAGAAAGUUGUUCCAACUAGAAAUAUCAACUCAAUUUAGGCUCGAUCUUCCUACACAUCAUAUCAACACAGUAAGUGAGAUCAUAACCGAGUAUAUACGUACAUUCGUGUCAUCUGAAAUUACAUUCAUACUGUUAAUCCACUCCCUCAUUCAACUCGGGUUGCAUCCAGUUUGUGAAGUUAGUAUUUCAGUGACGUGACAAUAUUGUAUUAUUUGAGACAGUGUGAUAGUGUGAAAUUUGUCGGGAUAAAAAGCUAGUAGUUCAGUUGUGUUAUCAUCUCCCACUCGGAAAAAAAUGUGGAGCGUUCUCUCUCUAACCCAAAUGAGAUAGCAAACUUCAUGAUUCAUCUGAUCUUCUCCAAUUACCUUAAAUAGGUUCAUCUGUGAAAGAGCGUUGGAUGUUAAUACGGACGAAAAAUGGCUGACGACACAGUCGAGCUAACCGACAAAGGACUGGCACGUACAGGCAGCCUGUGUUCACCCGACCCCCACGACCAACUCCUCACCGCCUUCAAUGACCGAGACUUCGACAACUUCCAAAAAAUCCUCACAACCGGCGUCAAAAACGCCUACGUUGACCCCAACUUCUGGUUCGACGACCCCAACUACUGCACACUCCUAGACCUUGCCUGUCGCAAAUCAUCUAGUAGUCAAUAUGUGCGAUGUCUGCUCAGCUGUGGCGCAGACCCCAACAAAAUCAACUCAGUCCGCAAGAAGUCUCCCAUCCAUUUCGCUGUGGAACUGGGGGAUAUCUCUAUUGUGAACUUACUCCUCCAUGACAACCGAACCGAUGUGAAUAAACUGGAUGGAACCGGUUCUACGGCUCUACAUGCUGCAGCGAGGUCCAGCAAUGUUGACGUCAUGAUUGCUCUACUAGGGCACCCCAAAAUCAACCCAAAUAUUGCCAACCGUAAAGGAUUGACCCCUAUCCAUGUCGCAGUCAUCCAAGGGACCGAGGAAGCUGUCCUAUGUCUGUUACAACACCAAAACAUUGACCCCAGAUCCGCUACAGAUCUAAUCCUGGAAAGCUUUCCGAACUUAGUACCCAAACUACCUACCACUGGUAAUACAGUGGAAACCCUGGGGAAAUCCAACAACCUCUUCAACCUUCUCCAUAAACAUGACGAGGAGACCUUUGUUAGAGCUAUUCAGAUCAACACUGACUCCAUAAAUGAUAAUGAUGGGUUCCACACGUUUCUACAGUACGCUUGUGAUUUUGGAAUGUUUUACACUGUGGGACAUUUGUUGCGCCUGGGUGCGGAUCCCAAUGGUACUCAUACUGCAAACCGUACGACUCCCAUCAUGCUAGCUUCCUAUAAAGGAUACUACAACAUAGUCAGACUUCUGGUGCAAAAUGAUUGCACCAGAUACAACCCUAUCAAUGGGGAAACAGUUCUCCAUUGUGUGAUCAAGGGCUCAACUGAUCUUCAUGUAUCAUUGGGUGCUUCAAAGGAAGACAGGGACCACUAUAAAUGCAUGGAGGUUUUGUUGAGAGGUGUACCCGGUCAUAAACUGAACAUAAACUGUGGGGAUGUCAAGGGUAACACCCCUCUACACUACGCUGCAAAACUGAACAACAAGGAGUUCAUUUUGUUGUUACUGAGUAGCGGAGCAUAUGUAGGUCAACGUAACACCCUGGGAGAACCAGCACUCGCUGAUGUUAGUCCCAAAAUAUUCGAGAAAUACCUGGAUGACUGUUUGACAACCAAUGAUAAGCUACCAAGGGAGGAUAACUAUGAGAUCAUAUUCAGGUACAACUUUUUGGCACCACCAAAAGUGCAGAAACAUGAGGAUCUGACAUCAUCACGUGCGAUGUUGCAGAUAGAAAGCAACAUGAAAGGUGUGGAUGAGCCUACUGAUCAAGUAAUCUCUGAAACUGAGCCCCUCUUGUACAUGAGUAGAUCAUCGGAUCUCCGUCCUCUUCUCAAACAUCCUGUGUUGACCUCUUUCUUGCACCUGAAGUGGCACAGGAUCCGUUGUUUCUUCUACUGCAACUUGACAUUCUACAUAUUUUUUUGGAUGUUUUUGACGGCGUACAUCCUCACAGCCUAUGCUGGGAUGAGGCCUGAAGGUGAAGGAAAUGAUAAAAUCAACACCAAUACCACCUCAUUCAACAAAACCUUGAUGAAGAGAAGCACCCAAGAAACAAUCCCAGAAACAAUCGGUGACGAAUUCAAGUUUUUUGUAUUAUGGUUGCUAGUUGCUCUAUCCCUUGUCGUACUGAUACUCAGAGAACUUUUCCAGUUGACAGUUUCACCACUGAGGUACUUCGCCAACCCUGAAAACUGGCUGGAAGUGUGUCUCAUUGGUGUGACAUUGUCAAUACUCUUCUGUAGAUCCUGUGUCAACUCACGCCACCAGAUAUCAGCUGUUGCAAUCUUGUUAUCUUGGGCUGAGUUAGUGUUGUUGAUAGGUAGACACCCAGCCCUUUCCACAAACAUUGAAAUGUUGAAAACAGUGUCCUGGAACUUCCUAAAAUUCCUUGCCUGGUAUUCGAUACUGAUCAUCGCGUUCGCUUUGAGUUUUUUCACCUUGUUCUCAGAUUCUGAGACUGAGGGGGACGAAAAUUUCUUUGUAGACCCGGCAACCUCGGUUUUCAAGACUGUAGUUAUGUUGACAGGGGAGUUUGACGCAGGUUCUAUACCGUUUGUAAACCAUCCUGGCACAAGUCAUGUGCUAUUUGUGUUGUUUGUAUUCUUGAUAGCUAUCGUACUCUUCAACCUUUUAAACGGUUUAGCAGUGAGUGAUACACAAUCCAUCAGAGCAGACGCAGAGCUUGUAGGUUAUGUUUCCCGGGUGAAACUGGUCACCUACGUUGAGAGCCUAGUGAUGGGUACCCCUACCCCGUACCGUGGCUUCAUCAACAAGAUACAGAAGUUGUUCUGUUGCUUGCCACGUCUGGACUGUUGCAUGGUCAACUAUGGUUGUUUGCGUAUCUUUUCACACCGUAUCAACCUUUUCCCCGAUCUGUAUCCUGAUUGCGAGGUGAGAAUCCUUCCCAACCAGGCUUCGAGAAUCGAGAUGUUCAGCAGAGGUCACAAGAGGAAACGCCAGGAAAUAGAGGAAGAGUCUGAAAGUCUCUUCUAUGAUUGUUAUACAAUGACUAUGGACCCUGUGAUCGUCAGAUCUGCCAAGGAGAUACUUGUAAAAAAACUGGAGGCUAAAGAGCUCCAAUCCCGUGGUGACCCCUACACAAUUCUUGAAGCCUGUUGCAAAGACCUCAACAAUUACACGAAAACCCUUAAUCAACCCCUAACUUCUGAAACUAACCCUGAAUCUUCAACUCUGGUUCCAACAUCUUUUAAAUCUGCUGACAACAGUAAACUAAUCUUGGAUCUUAGUAGACGGUUGGAUGAAUAUAAGCUGGUGCUUGAUAGGCUUGUUAGGAACUCUGAAAAGACCGAGUAUCAGAUGAACAAACUUAUAAAACAGAUUGAAAAAAGCAGGAUAGUUGGGUCCUCAUCUUCCGAUGAUAACCAGUGAUAUCUUAGAUGUAUGUCAGACACAUUCAGAUAUUAUGAAUGUAUAGGAAAGUCUGUUCUCAGUAGAAUGAACAUCAAAAAUGAUCUUUAAGUGAACUGGGAUAAUUGAAUUAACACCUCUAAGGCCCGGUUACACAAAAGCCAGUUAAAUUUUAACCGUUAUCAACUUUACGAAAACCAAUCAGAGAAAUCCUUUUUGAUAAAACGGAUUCUCU